CACACGUUCAUAUAAACUGGUUUCCACAAUAAUUUUUCAUAAUUUUUAACGUAUCAUUUUCCAAAUUCCCUGAAUGUCUCGCUUACAAUUUAUCGGCGGUUGGCGUCGCUCGGCGCUGGGAUUCUUCCGCUACCAUGGGGCACUACCACAGAGCCUGCGCUGCCUGCAGGUGCGCACCAAGUGCGAUGAGAUGCGAGGAGUCGCCGUGGGUCUGUACGAGAAGGAGGGCGAUCAUCCGCCGAAACUUUCGGCGGGUGGCGAUGAGUUUGAUCGUCUAGCUGGCGGAAAAUUAACCGAUCUGAUACUCGAAUCGGGACUCACUGGAGAGCUAGGCAUAGGAAGACUCUACCACAAUAUUGGCACGGAGUAUAACUGCCUGGCGGUGGUGGGGCUGGGCCGAGAGGGGGCCGGCUACAAUCACGAGGAAGUUAUCGACGAGGGCAUGGAGAAUGUGCGCGUGUGCGCCGCCGUUGGCGCCCGGGCCCUUCAGCUUCAGGGCUGCGGUGAGGUUCACGUCGAUGGCAUGGACUAUGCGGAGCAAGCCGCCGAGGGCUCGGCCCUGGCCGUUUGGCGGUACAACAUGAACCGUCGCAAGCGCGAUCGCACCCACAUACCGAAGCUGGAGCUGUAUCAUUCCUCGGACACGGAAGCUUGGACGCGGGGACUGUUCAAGGCCGAGUCCCAGAACCUCACGCGACGUCUGUGUGACACGCCGGCCAACGAGAUGACGCCAUUGAUCUUCGCCCAGGCCGCCGUCGAUGCCCUUUGCCCAUGCGGCGUUACCGUCGAGGUGCGCACCAUGGAGUGGAUCGAGGACAAGGGUCUCUCUUCUUUCCUAACAAUCGCCAAGGGCUCCUGCGAGCCCCCCGUCCUACUGGAGAUCAACUACUGCGGCACCGCCCCGGAGGACAAGCCCGUUCUGCUGGUCGGUAAAGGACUGACCUUCCACAGCGGCGGCCUUUGCUUGAAACCCAAAAGGGGCAUGGACGAGUACCGCGGUACCGUCUCGGGAGCCGCCCUGGUGGUGGCCACCAUCCGUGCGGCCUCCGCCCUCUCCCUGCCCAUCAAUCUGUCGGCUGUGCUUCCACUCUGCGAGAACCUGCCCUCGGGUAUGGCCGUAAAACCCGGCGAUGUUGUCACUCUGCUCAACGGUCGGACAAUGCGAGUCAUGGAUCCCGGUGUCGCCGGCACAGUGAUGCUAGCCGAUCCCCUGCUCUAUGGCCAGGCAACGUUCAAGCCGAGGCUUGUGAUCGACGUGGGAUCGAUGGCGACGGGCGUUACCAGCGCACUGGGCGGCUCUGCCACUGGAUUGUGGACCAACAACUCCUUCCUGUGGAAGCAAUUUCAGAAGGCCGGCGGCUACUCAGGCGACCGCCUGUGGCGCCUGCCUCUGUGGAUAUACUUCAAGCAUUUGGUCACCAAAUUCGGCAAUUUUGACAUGUGCAACAAGGGCCGGGGGCCAGCGUCGUCGUGUCUAGCCGCCGCCGUUCUCCACGAGAUGGUGCCAUGCAGCGACUGGGUGCAUCUCGAUACCCACGGCACUGGGAUGCUGGCCAAGGACGGGGUGCCGCCAUAUCUCCUCAAGGACCGCAUGAGCGGACGCCCCACACGCACUCUCAUCCAGUUGCUCUACCAAUUGGCCUGCCAAUGUCCUGCAGCCUGAUGCAGGAACCUUUGUUUUACCUCACUGACACCAAACCAAACCCCACCCCAAUCCUUAAAAUUGUCUGUU